AUGGAUGAAGAUCUGUUUUCCGACUCGUCAAAUAAGUCAAGAAGUAGUGAUGAAGAAAAUUCAGUGAUCGAUGAUUCUGAUAGAGAUCGAAAUUACGAUUCAGAGAAGGAUUCAGCUGAGAGUUCCUCCUCAGAAGAGUCAAAAGAGGAGAAGCUCCAGAGUAAAAAAAGAAGAACUGAAGUGUCUUAUUCAGAACCUCAAUCCAGCGAAGAUGAAAAUAAUUCAUCAGAAGAUGAAGAAGGCGAAGAAGAAGAAGACAAGAGUGAUAGAAUUGAUUACAUGGCGUCAUGUUUGUCAGGAUUAUCCAGGGAACAACUGCUGGCCAAAGGUGGAUUAACAGAGGAAAGGAAGAAGAAGAUUAAAAAAGGAUUGAAGCUGAUUAAAGGACCACCGACACUUUCAAAAAUUGACCAGUUCUUUAAGUUCAAAAAGGAUCAAAUAAAUGAAGAACUGGAAUUAUUGAAGAAGAAACACCAGUUGUGUAAGGAAUUGGCACUAGAACUUUGGUCUGCAAUAGAAAGUCAGCAGAGAAAGGCUUUGGAACUUCAUGUUAAGUAUUUGGCGAGGCCCAGGAAAGCUAAAUUCAGAAAACAGAAAGAGUGUCAAAUAGCAGGUUGCCCUGGAAAAGUAGCAAAUACGAAGCGACACAUGGCGCAGGUGCAUAAAUACAUGAAGAGGUCGGAAAGAGAAAAAAUCCUCUCCUUGCACAAGAAGCUUCAAACAGAAAUGAAGAGCAAAUUCAAUGAAAAUAAAAAAACACCUAAGAAGAAAAGAUACCCGCUCAGAAGAUGUAACAUAUGCGACAAAGAAAUCAAGAGAAUUGAUAUCCACUUACAAAAAGUGCAUAAAGUUCAACGAGGACCACAGUUCUUCGAACAUAUGAAUGAGUCUCUGCCUAUAGAAGACAUAGUUGGACUUGAGCCUUUGGACAUAGAUGCAGGCCAAGUAAAUAUAUCGUCUGACGAUGGGAUUAAGUCAUUUCUGAAUGAUUUCAAGGAAUACCUUCAGACGUGCAAGAUUCUAAAACUUAGUUCUUGCAAAAGUUAUGCACGGAAUGUAGGACAAAUGCUGAUCCAUAAAAUUGGUGAAAGACCAAUACCACACCUAACACCAAGAGCUAUAUGCAAGACCUUGCAGUCAGUGGGAGAGGAAGGUGGAUAUAUCAUGGUUAACUCUAACAGAUUGGCUGCUUCAACCAGAGCUAGAUAUGUAAAAGCAGCGCUGCUUGCCAUCGAAUACCUUAAGAAAACAAACAAAAUAAAUGAACACCUGGAGAGGGAUGCAUCUCUACAACUGCAAGCAGCCAUUGAGGAAAGAAGCUGCCAAGAAUGUCCCCGCCAUACGCAGAAGGAAGGAGCUGGAAAAUAUUGA